AAUAUUUGGGGGGAACGUGUGGUGAGAGAUCACUGCUUUUUCUUGAAGAAAUUCAACAAAAAAAAAAAUAAAUAAAAAAAAAUCAAAAUUAUAACAAUAAAUCAGUAAUCCGUUCUGCUUUGCUUUGCUUUGCUUUGUAAUAAUAUAUUCCUCAGGAAGAAGACAACACAAUCAACCGUUCCAACAAAGAAGUAACGAUCAUCCCUAAAGGCUAAAGCUCUGUGUGAAGAAGAAGCAAAAAUAUCACUUUGAUCCUUCGGAGUUGGGACAUGGCGCAGUUCACAGUGAGGGGCCGCUUAAAGCCUCUGUUAAACGGCGACGCCUUCGAAUUCAACAAGUCUCCGUCCUCCUCCUCCUCGUCGCCGCCGUCGCGCCGCCGGUUCAAAGCUUCCGGCGGCGGAUUCAGUGCCGCUGCGGCGGUGACGUCUUCAUUUCCUCUUCAACUUCAAGAGCUCAGACUCAGGUUUAGUGGUCCCGGCAGGAUUACUAGAGUGUACGCUAAUGCCUCAUCUCCGUCGUCGUCGCUCGGCAAAUCCAAGGAGUUACAUUCGAAUCCUGUGCCGGACGGCGGCGAAGACGACUUCUUUGAGGAGAUCAUGGACGAGGUUUCGGAGAUCCAGAGGGACGAGCUGUCUUCCUUCAGAGGUUUAGUGUUGGACCUUGCUUACAGACCUGUCAAUGUUGUCUGCUGGAAGCGAGCUAUUUGUUUAGAGUUUAUGGAGAAGGCAGAUGUUUUGGAGUAUUAUGACCAAACUGUGAACUCUCCGAGUGGUUCCUUCUAUAUACCUGCUGUGCUAAGGGUUCCUCAUUUACUUCAGGUUGUCAAAAGGAGAAGAGUCAAGAGGGCACUUAGUCGUAAGAAUAUCUUUUAUCGGGACAACUUUACGUGUCAAUAUUGUUCUUCUCGUGAGAACUUGACUAUUGACCAUGUUGUGUCAGUUGCACGAGGUGGGGAAUGGACCUGGGAAAAUCUGGUGACUGCUUGUGCGAGAUGCAAUUCAAGAAAAGGGCAAAAGACACUAGAAGAAGCAAAUAUGAAGCUGAUGAGUGUCCCUAAGGCUCCCAAGGAGUAUGACCUAGUUGCCAUACCGUUAACCGCGGCGGCUAUAAAGAUGUUGGAGAAGAGGAAGGGGACUCCUGAAGAAUGGAGGCAGUAUCUCUCAAUGCCAUCUUCAGCACCCUGAUAUACAUACAUACAACAAGGGUGUCCCCUGCAGCCUGUAAAUUCUGCCCCUCUUGCUACUUGCUAAAAAUGGUAAAGCUAAAGCUAAAGCAGUAGUCUUACUGGGAGAAGAAACCCACAUUUGCUCUAUCCCUGCAAGCAUCCCCUUGAUGCUGUUAUUGUUUCUAAGCCUGUGUAUAACAAUUGCUCAUAUGCUGUAUCAUAAACCUCUCUUUGAAUGACUGGUAUAACAAGUCAAUUUCACUAAUGUUAAAAUCCUGUGUCAA